UCCAAGUCUGUGAGGCUAUUUCUGUUUUGUAAAUAAGUUCAUUUUUAUCAUAUUUUAGAUUCCAUAUAUAAGUGAUAAAAUUACAUACUUUAUGAUUCCAUUUAAGUAAUAUUUUUGAAGUGACAAAAUUUGAGAAAUGGAAGACACAGUAAUGAUUGCCAGGGCUUAGGGAUAGAGGUGAGGGAGGGGCAAGUGAAAGGUAGGUGAGGUAAUAAAAGUGCAAUAUUAAGUAUCCUUGUGAUGGUAGAACUACUCCAUAUCUUGACUGUGGUGGCAGAUACACGAACUUACUCAAGUUAUAAAAUUCUAUUGAACUUAAUAGAUCUACAAACACAUAUACUGAAUGAGUAUACUGGGAUUUGGGGGCAUUCUGGAUAAGAUUGGUGUAUUGUAUUAAUGUCAAUAUCCUUGCUGUGCUAUUAUACUAUGAUUUUGCAAAGUGUUACCACUGGGUGAAACUGGAUAAAGAAUACAUAGGAUAGCUCCAUGUUAUUUCUUAUAACUGCAUGUGAACCUGCAAUUAUCUCAGUUAUUUCAAUUGAAAUUAUGUACAUAUAUAUAAGCUUUUAAAAUUGUUUAUAUAUAUGUGUGUGUAUAUAUAUAUAUAUAUAUAUACACACACACCACAUUUGACCACUAGCUCUGUGUCAUGCACUGUUUGAAUAAAUUUGCAUCAGUAAUAAUUCCAUCUAAUCCCCCAAACAGCAAUAUUAUCACUAUUUUCCAAUGAAGAGACCAAGUCACAAUGAGAUCAAGCAACGGUCAAGUUUCCCGUCAUUGCAGAACCUGGAUUAGAAUCCAAGGACUUUUGGCUCUAGUAUCCACAGCCCAAACUGAUAGGUUAUUUUCUCUCUUUACUUAAAGAUAAUUUAUAACCGAGGUCAUUGUGUGAGACUUUAUGGAGGAAAUGGCAUUUUAAACUUCCUUAAAGGGGAGAUUUUGACCUGAUAUAUGUAUAGUUAAUGUUACUGUACGUAGGAGGAAAUUAAUACAUAUUUGUUGAAUCAAUAGGUGACUUACCUUCUUUAAGCCACUAGACGAUUCCUUCAGUCACUGAUUAUCUGCCAGGAGCCCAGGAUUUGCAAAAUGAGAAAACACAGGACCCAUGGCAAUAAGCUCAUUUUGCUUUAUUGCACUGACUAUUGCAUUGACUUUCUCCCAACUUAGGUCAGUGUUCCCAGAGGGGAUCUAUUGGCAUUCUGGGUGGGACAAUUCUGUGUUGUGUGGAGAUAAUACCUUGCAGAACUUUUAGCAACAAUUAGAGUGUUCCCCAAAUAUCAGUAUUGGCCUCAAAUACUGAGAUGUUGAAAAAACACCCCACCUCCCCAUUUACUCCUUCCUCCUAAAGAUCCUGGUCAAGAACCAGUGUACUUAAUCUCUCUUGUUAUCAAACUCAAAGAAUUCAGCAGAACUGCAGGAUUCACAUGAUUCAAGGGGGACAUUACAACUUCCCCCUUAGCAUGGUUCCAUGCAUAUGAUAGAAAGAAAUAGAACUUCCUUGCCUUCAUAGUGGCUCUAUGUUUGAAUCUGAAUUGGUCUAAAGUGUUCAUUUUGCUUUUUGUUGUUGUUGUUGUUGUUCUGGUUGUUCUUUUUGAUGGGCAUAAGAAAGGUUUCCCCUUUAAGAGGAAUGCUGCUGAGCACAUACCAUCUAGCAUACCCCAGACCAAGCUCUUUGAAUCUCAAUAGAAAGAAAAAUAUCUGAAAGGGAAAUGUAUUAAUGGAUUAUUUUUGUAAAUGCGAAAAAUCUCUUGGAAGGGCAAUUUUGUCUUGUUGACUGGCAGAAAAACAGCGGCGUUAAUUAUGUUGUCUUGUUAAAUUUGAAAGAAUGUAGUGAAUAUUGGGAACUUUUCUAAUUGCCUUUGUGGAGAAGCAUUUCAGGGAUCAGAGCCAUCUCUGUCAGAGGAAUGCCAAGGCAGCUGUGUCCCUUCUGAGGCACUGGGUCUAGUUGGAUGUUCUCAGGGGAAACAGUUGUGAGCUUGAGAACAUGGACUCUGGGGGAAAACUCAUGGAGAGGUGAAAGGUGGGAAAAGGCAGAAUCUCUGCUUCAGGUUCUGAGCACUGGCUGUUUCUUUCCUUUUCAUGUGGAGAGAUGAGAAGGAGAUAAACAGAGUUGUGGAAAUCCCUGCAUUCAUGUGGAUGCAAUGUCUCCACACUUGUCUUGGCUCCUGUAGGCAGAUAAGCUCUCUAGCCAUCAGAACUGGGGUGGGGGUGGAGGGACAAAUUAUGUCCCCAGGAAUACAGUUCUUUGAAAAAAGCCCAGGCAAAGUGUGGGGUUUAAAUAGAAGAACAGAAGGAAAAACCAAAUGAUGACCUGCAUAAAAAAUGGAAAAACAAUGUUGCUUUCUCAUAAAUCUAGUUCUUGGAUAGAAAUUUGGUGUAAAAAGAGAGCCCUAAAAUAUAGAAGAAUGCCAUCUGGGGUAAAAACAGGAGUUCAGAGGGCCAGCUUUUGUACCCUGUUUGAAUUUCAGAUGAGAUAAAACCAGUGGCUCUGCUAAGUUGCAGUGCAAAAUCUUACAUGGCUUCUCGAGAAAAGCAAUUUAUUUUAGAUUAUAGCACAGCGGCUAUCGUUUAAACUGCUAGCGAUUGUAAUUGAACUCAGAACCAGCCUUCUCUGUGAACACGGGAUGCAGUAAUAAGUUACCCAGGCUGUUCUGAAUAACAUGGAUGCCAGGCCUUCAAGACAGAUGGGCAUGGUAGCCCAAACCUCGCAUCACUAGUAUCUUGUCAGCCUUCUCACACCCAGCCCAUUCAAAAAUACAUUCUGGGAAAUGUACCUAGCUGGGUAUUCAAAUGUGUGCUGGCUGUGCAUUUGAGGGGAUAUUAAUAUGAAACAGCCAGGAGGCAGCAAUCUUGAGGAAAUUAGAGAACAUGCAAUUAGCAUUAGGGAACUUUUUUGUUCACUUUUUAUCUUAUUUAGGGUCAUGAGGGACUUGUGGGGGAGGGGAAGAGGGCUGUGUGGCAGAGAGAAUCCAGAAUAAAGAAAAGAGUCCCUCUUGCUACUGGAAAAUCUUUGAUUGGAUAAUGUGAACUGAAGUUUGGCACUUGCUAUCAGCCUCUACAUGGAGUAAAACAUGAGCCACUGCAGAUGACAACCCUUAGCAUGCCCUGAGUGGAGCUCAGGGUGGAGACAAGGAGUGAGGCAAUUCUGUGCUCUGGGAAAACUGGAAGAACAGGUCUUCAGAUAGAUAUUUUUAGAAGAAGACUUUAUGAGCCCAAUUCUGGCAUCUCCUCAAAUCUAGAAAACACUAAAAUCCAUCAACGAUGAGUAAUGUCUGUGACUACUAGUAACCUUCAGGAGACCAGUAGGAAAUGUGUGUAAAAUGUAUGCAUGGCUGUGUACACCUCCCCCUUAACCUUUAUGACUCAUCCUGGUAUUUCCCCUUUCCUCUUUGGGGCAGUAUUUCAGAGCUUUCUGAAAUACUUCCUCUGGCUGUAGUUAGUUGGCAAAACAAAGAGUCAGGGUCUUCUGUGAGAACAGCCACUCCCAAGGGUGGGCCCAUGAGCCCUGAGGGAACUCAGGAAAACAUAUCAAAAGAGUGAUUCCGACAACAUUCUCUGCCCUGCUUGGUGACCCAGGAGACUGACCUCUAAAGACUGCAUCACCAGGCUCUCAUGACUGCAGCUUCUAGACUGUUUUUGUCACUGGGAGAUCCUGGAAAGAGAUCAGACUUCGACUGUGAGAAAAUGGCACUCAGAUUCGGCCAACAUCUCAUCAAGCCCUCUGUGGUGUUUUUCAAAACAGAACUGUCCUUUGCCCUGGUGAACAGGAAACCUGUGGUCCCAGGACAUGUCCUGGUAUGUCCCCUUCGGCCAGUGGAGCGCUUCCGAGACCUGCGACCUGAUGAAGUGGCCGAUUUGUUUCAGGUGACCCAAAGAGUCGGGACAGUGGUGGAGAAGCACUUCCAGGGCACAUCCCUCACCUUUUCCAUGCAGGAUGGCCCCGAAGCUGGACAGACUGUGAAGAUUUUGAAGACCACCGAACCUGGUGACAGCCAACCUCAAGAUCAGUUGGUUUUCAAUAGAGUUGUUCUUUGUUCUCACUGUGAACAAAUGUCAACAAUGGACAUGUUCACAUCCACGUUCUUCCAAGGAAGGCUGGGGACUUUCACAGGAAUGACAGCAUCUAUGAUGAGCUCCAGAAACAUGACAGAGAGGAUGAGGACUCCCCCACCUUAUGGAGAUCAGAGGAGGAUAUGGCAGCAGAAGCUGCAGCUCUGCGGGGCUACUUCCAGUGAUGCAGGCACGAAAGGAACUCAAACAAAUCCCAAGGCAUAAGGAAAUGGGCCUUUUGUCUCAGACCCUGCGGCAUUGGAAAUGAAGCUAAGGCUUUAUUACAUCCUACGAUUUGACAACCUUUUGCAAAGCAUUUUAUUACACUUGUGGAAGUCAUCGGGGUUAUGUUUCAAUCACGAUGACGGACAGGCAGCCUUCAAAACAAUGGGAGCCACAGCCCUUCCACACUUUCUUGGCUGUGUACUUAGAACCUUUGCUCAACUGUCUCUUGGCCUGAAUGGAAAUAAAAAUAAUAGUUGAAAUAUCUA